AUGGGAGUUAUUGAACAAGGUAUAAGUAGAAUAAUAAUUAAAAUAAUGACAGGCGGAAAAGUCCAAACUUUUGAUAAAUUAAUAUUAAAACGUGUUCUUGUAGGAACUUUAAUUUUGACAGCUGGACAUCCGCCUUAUCGCGUUGCAAUUAAUAUUUUUUUAUGCUUGCAUCAGGUAGUUAACCAAAGCAAAAGAUUUAAAAACCACUUAGUUUUAUUACAAAAGUAUUGA